GGAGACCUGCGUUACUGGGAUGUUCUUGCAGUCUUGAAAACAUCUAACCCAUCCAAAUCUGUGAUCAGCGCCCGGGCAGUACUCCGUACUCUGGAGCCCGUACUUGGUACCGAAAUGGGCGUCAUUCGUAUCGUUGCGCUGACGAUUGUGGGUAUCUCAGUAUUUGUUUUUAUUGCACUUUUUGGAAGACUGCCAGCAUUUAGGAAAACUCCAAUUGCAUUCUUGUAUCGAGUCCUAUGGGUACAUAUUCCCAAUGGGGUUGCCUUCAUUGAUUCCCGCCUUCUUGAUGGGCGCUUUAUGCGUGUAUGGACCAAGACAGGGAGCUAUAUUUUGAACGAAAAUCAUCCAAUCAUCCUUAUCUUUUUCUUGGGCCUGCUUUUAAUAGGAGAGAGUGUUUUUCUUCCACCAGCUUGGCCACGCUUGUCGAGUGUACACAAACCAUGGGUUCCUGCGGUAGUCAUUCUACCUUAUAUACUGCUUUACAAGUGUGUGACUACCAAAUCAUUCAUCACACCGGAGAACCACGACCAAGAGAUGAAGCGUUAUCCAUAUGACCGGAUACUUUUCCAUCCUGGACACAACUGCCGCACCUGUGAUCUUCCAAAGCCACCCCGAAGCAAGCAUUGUAACAUUUGCAAAGGCUGUGUUUCCCGACUCGAUCAUCAUUGCGUCUGGUUGAUGAAUUGCGUUGGAGCCAAUAAUUAUGUCUAUUUUCUAUCGCUGCUGCUCUCAUUGACUGUAUUGUUGAGUUACGGUACGCUAGUCGGCUAUGGGCUUCUCUGCCAAACACUCGAAACGCGGGUGACGGCAGAAGGACUGGUAGCUAUGGAGGCUUGGACUGGAUAUUUCCAUGUUUGGGCCCUUGUCAUCACUGCCGACACAAAAAUUGGCACUGUGACAUUGCUCAUGCUGAUGACGGCGCCGCUGGCGGCAGCCUUCUUGGUUUACCAUACCUACCUCAUCUGGGCUGGUACGACGACAAAUGAGAGCGCUAAAUGGUCAGACCUGAAAGACGAUGUUGAAGAUGGGUUUGUCUUCAAAGCCAAAAGAGAUCAAAUCGAAAAUGCGCCUCCGUAUACUGACCUCGGCGACCAACCUUGGCCGGUGCAGAGCGAUCAGAUUUUGGUUACUGAUUGCGAUCCGCCCAUGGAGGGGUACGUUUUAGCACCGGAUUCUAAUCGCGUGCUUUACAAUUUCAGUGGAGAAGUUCCAAUUGACUCACGAUGGAGACCGGUCCACAGCAUGAAGGAAGUCGACAAUAUUUAUGACCUUGGUUUUUGGAAUAAUCUGCGAGAUGCGAUCGGGAUGUCACCAUCAUGUACCCCAGCGGAGCUCAUGCUCAAAGUCAUAUUGGCCGGGACCUUAAGCCAUUAUGAGACCCGGGGCAUGAUUGAUGACAAACGUCUCGAGCAUAUGCUUGCUGCUGGAAAGCAAAUACUCUACAAGACACACCAGGAAAGUGAGGUUCGACACAACCUUGGCAUGUCACCGGACAUCUGGCAGGGCCUUACGGACGUCCUCACUAAGGCGAUUCCUGUCCUCGAGUCGCAGUCCUUUGCAUGGAAGAGUCCUGCCGCCACAUAUGAACAUUCGUCGUCGAACCUGAUUGCGUACAACUAUUUCUCGUUAGUCAAGGAUAUCGAACGUUUGAAUGAUCUAUGCACAAUUGCGCGAAAUCUGCUUGCUACAACUAAGAAGGCACAGAAUCUUGCGGCUGCCAAAGGGUUCGACCAGCGAAUUCUCGCCUUGAUUGAUACCUGCGUGCGAGUGACAGCGAGGGGAUUUGAUGGCGAGACUAAUGCCCGAAACGAGGAACGGUGGCAAAAAGUGGUCAAUCUCUACAAAAGGUUGCUGAUCACAUGUCUACAAUACCUGCAUAACUUCAUUAUGCACAACGAACAGCGGAAAAUGGUUCUUUGGCUGGAUCUUUUUGGAUACCAUUCGACUGCCGACACAAAUAUCAUCAAACCCAAGGAUGCGCUGGACCCAGCUGCUCGGGCCGAGGGUGUUGCGCCAGUUGUGAAAAUUGGCGAACGUGUAAUCAACCCGCCCAUUCGAGCGCUUUAUGAUCAAACUGCCGAAGAUCUACUACUUGAAACCAUUGCGAAGUUCCCACGCGAGCCUUCUACGAUCAAGGAGGAAGCUGCAAUGCUGCUUUUGGCGAACAUCAAGGACCACAUGGAGAAAAUCCUGGGACGAGACCUUACUGAUAUCCAAGAAAUGGGCAGAGAUCCCGAGCAAGUCAAGUACAUACGUGCGGCCUUGACCUCAAUCCUGGGGGCAAAGGUAGAUGGAUGGUCAGACCUCCAAGAUAGGGCCCGUGAGCUGCCACCUGCCUUGCCUGAGGAAGAGGAGCAUGAACCCGCCAAAAAGAAAACUAUUCUCACUAUUGAUCGUAGCCUGACUGCAGGGUUCCCUCGUUUAUGCUGGGCUGACUUACCGGAGGUCAAUGAUUACGCUGUGGAUGCAGCAGUGACGGAUGAGGAUAUAAGCAUGCCUCGUUCAUCACAAUCUGCAGCUGAGACUUUGCAGGAAGCCAAAGACGAAUUAAUGGCUCGUCUUCAAGAACCAUCUCAUUUGGGCGAUGGCGACGCGGAUUACGACACUGCAGAUGCUGGAACAGUCGGCGACGAAGAUUCCCAUAGUUUAGAGGGACACGCAGACGGCAGCAUUGAAGGAGAUGAGGAUGAUGACGGCGAUGAUGUCGAUGGACAUGAUGAUGGUGCGGAAGUAGAUGACGAGGAAGACGAUGAUGAUUACCGCGGUCGUCCCGGUGAUCAACAGCGGGGUCUGCUAACUGACAUCCCUCUUGUCCUUGGUCCCGCUGAAAUUGAAGCAUUGCCUAUGAUUGUGCAAGCAGGAAUUGUUGACAGUUUCGGUCUCAAAGGUGGUGAGCGCAAUGGGUCACGCAAUAUGCAGGCCCUCCGAUGCCACAUCCUGCUUGCCCAGGAGACUGGGCGCAACCUACUUCGCGAGCUGUUGAUCUUCAUUGCCGCUUGGGAUCUCCCUGAUGAUGAACUUUAUUUCAAGAUGAUGGUCCAAAUCAUGGAAGCCGUUCUCAAAAAUGGACUGAUGUCGCAUGCUUACUCUGAUUUUGGUCAGCCCAAGGACAUUAUCUCUCCAGCUCAGGCAGUCGUGAUCAAGAUCCUCACGCACAUCUUCCGAGCUAAAUACUCCCCAGCGUCAGUCUCAGGAUCUUCACAGAAUAAUAAUAAAAACAGUGUGCCACGAACGCCGGCGCCGCUGAGCCGUGUGGAUAUUCUCACAGUUCGGUAUAUCUUCACCAUUUUCCGUGGCAAUAUUAUCCCCGAGACCUGUGCCUUGAUCUAUCUACAAGGCCAGAUCCGCGCAGAGCGUGCCCUGCCUGAGGAUUUCCCUCUUAACCUUUGGGACAUGGAGCGUGUUUACGAGGGUGUUUAUCAGUUCCUCGAAUUCUUCGCUGUGCUCACCGAGAACAAUGACUGGAAGAAUCUCCUCGUUAAAUGGGAAAUCGUCUAUGAUUUGGUAACAUUGGUCAAGGAACUUGAGGCUAGUAUUCCUAAGGGCCAACUCAACUCGAUGCCCUUUGGAUCUGCUCCUCCUCCUCCGCCUCCACCCAGAAGCACAUCUCCAGACGAUCAGUCCAAGCCAUCGUCUCCAGCCCCUGUUGCAGUUGAGCGGCCUUACGACCCCAGCGACCCAGACCCUAUUGACACUGUCGCUGGCAGCGUCGACUCACGCCCAGAGUCUCCACCCAUCACCGAAGACCCUUCAGAGUUCGAGUGGCGCAAUCUUAAGAAACUUGUUGUGCUGGUUCUUUCAUCUCUUGUAUGGAAAUGCCCAGAAGUUCAGGAACAGAUCCGUCGCUAUGGCGGUGUUGAGGCUAUUCUUUGCUGCACCAACUUUGAUGCACACAACCCUUACAUCAAGGAACAUGCUGUCAUGUGCUUGAAGUUCCUGUUGGAGGGCAACCGCGAGAACCAGCGUCUUGUUGAGGAAUUGGAAGCUCGAGAGGUUGUGAGUAAUGAUGGCGGCAUUCUGGAGAAGAAUGGCUAUGAAGCUAUGAUUAAUCAAGCUGGCAAACUUGCUAUCAAAUCAAAAGAGGGAAACUAG